GGUCAUAGUUAAAGAAACAUGCCACUUGCGGCAAGCUAGUGUAGCUUUUCCAAGUAAUCAUGCCUUUAAUAGUUAUGUGUGGUUAUCCAUGCAGUGGUAAAACUCGCAGGGCAGAGGAAUUAAAAGUGUAUUUCGAAGAAACAACUGACCGAAAGGUUCACGUUGUGGGAGAUUCGCCACUGUCUGUUGAGAAGAAUGCCGUGUAUGCAGAUUCACAAAAGGAAAAACAGGUCAGAGCUGCGCUGAAAGCUGAAGUGGAGAGGAAAGUCAACAAAGAUGACAUUGUUAUUUUGGAUUCAUUAAACUACAUUAAAGGCUACCGCUACGAGCUUUUUUGUCUCAUAAAACAUGUACAGACACCACACUGUCUCGUGUAUUGUUUGACAUCAGAUGAUGUGAGCUCAGAGUGGAACACAAGCAGAGAUGCUGAGGAGCAGUACAUACAAGACAUCUUCAAUGCAUUAGUUCUCCGUUUUGAAGCACCAGAUUCUAGAAACCGUUGGGACAAUCCACUCUUUAACAUUCUUCAAGAUGACACGCUUCCAUUUGAAGCAAUCGCUGAUGCGUUAUUCAAAAGGAAAGCGCCGCCACCCAACCAGUCCACUCAGAGUCAACCACUGUCAUCUGCAAACUUCCUGUAUGAGUUAGACAAGGUCACACAGGAUGUGUUAAUGGCCAUUUUUAAUGCACAGAAGACAAGUGUUCCUGGAGAUCGCAUUUCUGUUCCAGGAGCGACAGAGAAAAUCGAGCUGAACAGGAGCGUCAACAUGGCCGAGCUUCGCAAAUUCCGGCGCCAGUUCAUCAGCUACAGCAAGAUGCACCCUACAGAGAACACGGGUCAGAUUUCCAACAUGUUUGUACAGUAUUUAAAUAGGAGUCUCCAUUGAUGAAUGUAUGUCACUCAUUAAAUAUUUGUAUUUUUAAAUUUGGAAUAUUUGAAUGAAUUAUUUUACUUAGUAUCAUUUUAGGAGCAACUUAUUUUUUUUGCUGAAUGUUGUUUCUUUUACUGCCUUCUACAAGUCGGUCAUGAACAUUUGGUCCGAGUAAAGCCCCCUUCAGUACUUUGCUCAGGAACAAGACGUCCUUCAUUAUUUUGAACAAUGUACUUGACCUGUACACAACCUUCUAAAGCCUCUGUUUUCCCCCCGUCAUCAGGAAAGUAUAAAUAUUUAUACGCUUGUAAAGAUUUGGACUUAUGUAAGAAGAUCAUGAGCAAAGGGAGUUUGCAUGCUGACGUUGUUGGUAACUGCACUUUUUUUCCUACUGGAAUGAAGCUUGAGCCACCAAAUGAUAUACAGGUAUAAUGAUGAGUGCUAUGAUGUCUAUUAAUAUGGGUACGUGUACAUAACAUCUGAAAUUUUAUUACUGUAUAAGUAUGAGCUACAUUGAUUUUGCAGUAUACAACUGUUUAUCAGUGGCAUACUUUCAUAGUUAAUAUAAAUAAGUGGUUUAGUUGGAAAUGUUCCUUCCCAUUUUUACAUUUUGAUAAGGCUUUGGCACCACAAAAAUCUGUUAAUUAAGACAGGUCACUGUAUUGUGCUUUUGAUUUUACCCUGAACAUGUAUUUAUGUAUUGAGUAAAUAAAUUUAAAUACAUAUUAAUCACUGCAAUGAAAUUUUGAUUGGUGUUGUUGCACACAAAUGAUAUAAACAGUUGAUUAUGUGCAGGUUUUUUUUCCUAACAUGCUUACAGUGGGUCAUGUAAAGGCCCUGAAAGUAGGUAUUAUUUCAGAAGUUCGUAUUAAUUAAAAAAAAAAAAAAAAACACUUAAAUGGUCAUACAAUAAACCACAUUUAUUGCCUGUCAAUGUUUUUUUCCCUCUUGAGUGGUACAGCUGUCCCAAAGAUUCUGUCCCAGUGACUAAAAAAGGGAGCGUAGUUGCUGUUUGGUUUCUGAUGGUGCAUGUCAUGAGCAGGCGCUCCUCCCAAAAGGCCGAAAGGCACCAGGCGAUUGAGGCCCCACGGGAGGUCAUAGCCAAUGUGGUCCUCCACAGACAUCCCAAUACUAAGCACGGUGACGCACCAUGUAGUCAGCGGGUGACACUUGAGCAGAAUUGGAUCCUGGUUGCUCCAGAAUCCCACAGUCAUCAGUUCCGGAAUGCUGAGCUGCUCAGUGGACCAUGAGAAGGGAGCGACAUAUUCGUGGUGUAUGGCAUGGAUGCAGCGGUACAGCUGCACAUGUUUGUGGUGUAUGACAUGCCAGAUGUAGUACUGGGUGUCAAAAACUAGAAGAAGAGCCAGGCCGUCAAUGAAGACCUCACGAAGUGAUGGCGCUUCUUGAGGCAUCACCGGCAGAGGUAAGAUGAACAUGCUCACCACCACACUUGGCAGCACAAAGAAAAUGUGAUUAAAAAGAGCGGUCCGGAAGCUCCUUACCAUCAUUCCAACUGUUGGUCUUCUUCCCGGCUGGAUCUUGUACUUGUAAAACAACGGCACCCUAUCUCCCAGCAGGUCCAUGACUGCAAAAGGCACACUGAAGAAGACAUAGCUGGAAAAGGCAAGCAGAACCAGGAAUAAAGGAGAUGAGAUGUAAGGCCGGUAGUGCAAAAGCAGAUGGUCCCAGAGGGGCUGCAGGAGAUUAUCAGAAUGACUGUAGGUGAGAAAAUGGAGCGGCCCCGCAGUAACAUUUAACAUCUUGAUCACAGUCCUGCUGCUACUGGAUGCUUGAGCCUGGAAAAACCCCUGCUUUAAAUGUGGAGUUUGGCUCAAAGAGCCUUAGUGUCAACACGUACAAGCCAAAAAGAUUAACUAUUCCAGGGUUUCCCUAGAAAACUUGCAAAGCCCAUUGGUAGAGAAGCUCACUAGCGGCCCACUGUUUUUUGGGAAAAUGUUGACAAUUUUUUUUAAGGACUAUUAUGUGUUAUUAUAAGCUAUGUAUUGAAAUUUUCUAAAUGUUAUCCUAAGGUACAGUCUUCUCGAACAAAAAUUUAAUGCAAUCCCACGCAAUGACAAAAUGCUGGGAUAGAUUUGUUCACAACUUGACCAUAACGCUUCGCCAUUGCGCUUUCAAACUUAGUCACCAUACAUGGUCAUAAUGCCAUAAAAAUUUGUAAACUUUACAUACAUAAGUUAUUUUUUAGGGCGACAGUUUUAGCCUGGACGGUGGGGGGCAAGAGCCUGGUGGCCUGCCAAGCUCAAGGUGAGCACUUCAAUGAAAAAGCAGUGCUUUGAGGAAGAUGCAGCAAUUUAAAUGAGGGAAGUGAUCUAUCUCAAAGUUAGCAAGGAUGGUCCCAAGUUAAAUCAAUGUGGUUACUAGCAGUGUAAUAGUAAAUCAGCCUGACCAGUUGAGACAGCAUAGGUUCAGGUCCUACUUAGUGACAAAUGUAAAUGAACUGAUCUGUGGAAAUGAGGAGAGAAACAGUUAAGAAGUAACUUUCCCAAAGAAUCAUCAUUACAACAUGAUUUAUUGGAGGAAAUCAAACUCAUUGAAUUCAUGAUUUUUGUUUUUGCAUGUUCACAAAUGUGAAUUAUUUCUUUUCACUGGCCUUCUUCGAAAUCGUCUUGUUGGUGUUGGCGUACUUCUGCCGAUCAUUUCUGCAAAGAACAAGACAAAUUUAUCCCCUGCUUAAUGAAUCAUUUAAAUAUUGACAUUUAAGAUACCUUGACAUUUUGAUUUUGCUCCUGCAGCCCAGUCCUCCUUCCCAGUGACUGGUGUGAGCACCUCUAGUCAUCAUGCUUCCACAGCUGAUGCAAGGCUUCCCGUUGCUAUAUGGCUACAAAAACAACAAAAAUAUUGUCAGGGGGUAGAUCUUCCAAAUGCGGGUGUUCCAGCAUCAUCACGCCAUCCGUACCUGCUCUUUGGCGCAGUACCCACAGAUCAUCCUGCUGGCGAGCUCCAUGGGAUGGUCCUGGUCUUCAUCGUGGCACACAUCACAAGGGUAAGCCCGGCCGCAACACGGAAAUCUUGAUGACACGCAUGAUUAAAAUGUUAGUCCUCUUCCCAUUAAAAGUGACAAUACAAAGCACAAAGGUGGUACCUGAGCCAGCGAUGGCUCUGCUUGUAAUGCUUGCAUGCUCCUUUUUCUGGUAGUGGCUUCCCCUUUUGAACAGCUGGAUCUCUUAUCGUUUUCAAAUUGACAGUACCAGCACUUGAAUCUGCACCCACACAUAAAAUAUAUUUCAGACCAUGACCGAUGCUUUCUGCAAAACUGGGUGGGAGAAUUGAGCUCGGUGGCUUUUGUGUACAAUACAGCUCUUUCACCUUGUGUGGGCAAAUACUGGUCAGACUGUGGUUGUUUUGUUUCUACAGUAUCAGAGAUUAAACCUUUUCUAAUCUGCUAAAGGGAGAUUGUAGCUGUGCUUUCACCUGUUUUGUUGCUGCGUGGCUGAAUGUAUUGGAAUCUGGCACUCUCAGCCAACAGACUAAGCUUGCCGUGGCAGUUUUCACAAUUGACCUCCUUUGUUUGACCAUAGCAUAGGUUCUAAUGAAACAAACCAAAAAACAGAUAAAUCAUUUUUUUUCCCUGCACUGUUAUGAUCUUGAGGUUAGGUGUCUGUACCUGGACAAAGCUUUCCUGGGAACAGCUGAGGCAGCCCACAUUGAGCUGACAGUCUUGAAGCACUAGGUCAGAAGGAACAGCAUUUUGGAGGUCCAGGUACCCCAACACGUCACUGUAGUGGUGCAGCAUGGAGGGUCUAAACGCAGCGGUUAUUCGUGCACUGCACUUUUCACAAUUAGCGGUGCAAGCAGUCUUCCCACUUAGUGUCAAGUCUGCCGUAACCUUGCACCUGCCCACAAAUAAUUAUUUUUUUGGUGCUGUACUAAAUAAUUUUAAAUUGUUUAGUGAAUCAAUGAAUUAAAUUAUGAAUUAUUAGUGACCUGUUACACCGAAGACAAACAGUGAUGUUAUGGCCGACCACAGUAGCAGUGUUUUCUCCCAGCGUUAAGCCAAGCAGCCUCACUUCGGUGCCUCUACGGACUUCGCUGAUCUUAAUGUUCUCCACCAGGUGAGUGGCUUCCUCAUCAUCAUCACCUGCUCGCUGUUUUUCAUCAAAACCUGCGACACCUUCUUCUAUGUCACAUUUAGUGAUUCUUGCUACAUUGCCAGUCUCCUCCUCUUCCUUCACAGUGUCAGAGUUGGUUUCACAUGAACUAUUGUUUGUUUUUUCACACACUG